AUGGAGAAAUUCAAGGAGAAACUCGCUACUCUUCGUAAAGAAGUUGAAGAUGCCACUAACCGUGCUGAUGAGUUAAAGACCAAGGCUGAGCAGCUGGAAGCUGAGCAUGAACAAAAAGAUAACGAAUUGAGUACUUUGCAAUCUCGUGCUAAGGAGUUGGAAGAAGCUCUUGAAACAGCUGAAGCUAACUUGAAACAAGCUACUGCCGAUUUCCGUGAUGCUGACUUGCGUGCUGAACAAUUGGAAAAGAAGGCUGUCAAGAUUCAACAAGAGAUUUCUGUUUGGGAUAAGAAGCAUGCCGACUUGGAAGCCAAGUACCUAGCUGCCAGGGCUGAGUUGGACGAAUUAGAAGGCCAAAUGGAUGGCGUGUAA